CUUUUCUUUUUCUUUUUAUUUAUUUAUAGAAAUAAUUACAACUUUUUUAAUUGAAUAUUAAUAAUUUUAUUCUUAUGACUUAAAUAAAACUUGAAUUAAAUGUACAUUUGCGCGCAUAUUAAUCGGAAUAAUCUGCGUUGCUCACUUCCCCCGUUUGCCAAUCUAACCGUCGUUGCUCCGUACAGCUUCGCCUCGUUCUUCCGCCGUACACUCGCCGAUAAAUAUCUGAUUUUGCCAAUCCUAUACUCUAUUCAAUUUGCCAAUACAAAGGAGCUUCAAUGGCCAAGAAACCUGGCCCGAAACCUGGAUCAAAACCUAGUAAAUUGUCUGUGUACCUUUAUAUUCCUAAUAUCAUAGGAUAUACCCGGGUUCUUUUAAACUGCUAUGCUUUCCAUGUAUGUUUUACAAACAAAAUAUUGUUCUCUAUUCUCUAUUUUUUCAGCUUCGUAUGUGAUGCUGUGGAUGGUUGGGCCGCUCGCAAAUUCAAUCAAGUGUCAACCUUCGGAGCUGUUCUGGACAUGGUUACAGACAGAAUUAGCACUGCUUGUCUACUUGUUGUUCUUUCCCAAGUUUACAAGCCUGGCUUAAUCUUCUUGUCCUUGCUAGCAUUAGAUAUUGCUAGCCACUGGCUGCAAAUGUACAGCACUUUCUUGAUGGGCAAGACUAGUCAUAAAGAUGUAAAAGACAGUAGUAACUGGCUUUUCAAGUUAUACUAUGGCAAUAGGAUGUUUAUGGCUUACUGUUGCGUCUCAUGCGAGGUUCUUUACUUAAUCCUUUUUUAUCUUUCGGAGAAUCAUACAGAGACAUUGAUGGACGUUUUAGCAACAAAUCUGCAAAAGAUAUCAAUAGUCUCUUUUCUAAUUGCAACAAGUUUAGUUGGAUGCACAAUCAAGCAGCUUACAAAUGUGAUUCAGCUGAAGACAGCAGCAGAUGCAUGUGUGCUUUAUGACAUCAACAAAAAACAGAAGCAAUGAUGUUUCAUCCAUGGACAUGAAUCUCUUGUCUUUGCCAUUUAUCAAGUUUUUAACUCUUGAUGGUAGUAUAAAUUAUUAUCUUAAAGGGCAAUUUUGUUUAAAUUGCCCAGUAUUAUUAUUAUUUUUUUUUUUUUACAGAAAUAGAGAAGGGAUAAACUAGAGAAGCUGUCAGGCUGUAGGCAAUUCUCAUAACACGUGUUCAUUUCAUUUUUUUUAUAACACUUGUUUUUUGUGACAUGGUUUGGAUACUGUUUUCUUCUAGCAUCUCUCACAAUUUCCUAUUACAGCGUGAUGCAAUGCAAGGCUCUCAGGUUUGAUAAAUAAAUAAAAAAUUUGGGACCCUUAAUAUCAAGCACUAGUGGUGUGGAUAAGUAUAGGAUAUAGACAGCUAUAAUUUACCCAAGUUUUACCAAGUAUAGCGAGACAAACACAAAGGGGUAGUAGCUGUUUACUUGAUUGAUAGGACAAUUUGUAAACAGCAUUUUAUUGGUUACUAGCAUGUGUUCAGCGGUCGAAUAGGAAUAAUAUAAUAUAUACUUUUAGUAUUGGCACUUGGCAGUAGCUAUUUGACUAUAGAUGUAUGAACUAUGCAUUAGAUAUUUCAACUCCACUUCAGUUUGAUUUAGGGUUUGU